UAGGAAAAUCUUUAGUGUGUUUGGAUGUUUUAUGAAUCGUUCUUAGGCAAAAUUGUCAUGUGUUCACAUUAAAUGCAUGUCUUUAUGACUGAGGCCGCUGGAGGUGGCGGGGGGCAUCUCAAUGGACAGGAGCUGAGGAGUUGUCCUCCUGCACACAGAGCAGGAUUGUGUGCUUCACCCCCCUCACCGAAGCCUCAGAGCUGCAUAAGGCCGCCUGUGUGUGUUGUGCGCCCCACCUCUGGCCAGCCUUCUCAAUCCCACCCAAACCUUCUGUUUGCCAAGUCAUAUUUGCACUGAUCUGGCAGUGUGCAAAUAGUUUUUUUUCCUUUGUGAAACAAAAACUGCAUGAAAAUAUAGGAUUACAACACCAUAUCACAUCCUCCUUCUAUCCGGCUGUUAGUCAGUGGGAGUGGUCAUGUUGGCCUCUUUGCUUUUUACACAAGUCUGAUGCAUGCUUUCUCAGUAACUACACUGAGAGGACACUGCAUCUGCUGAAACACAGCUGCUCAAAAAGACUGAAUGCAAACUCAGAAAUGACACCGCUGUGAUGGUUUUAACUGGGACUAAACAAGGACAGUCGUCCCUUUCCUCAGUCUCUGUAUCAUCUGAGGUGUCCAGUAUUUCCAUGUCGUCCACCUCAUCACGACUGAAGUAUGUCUCUCUGGGGGUGCUGGUACUGCAGACCACCUCCUUGGUGCUGACAAUGCGUUACUCACGUACUCUGCAGUCCGACGGGCCGCGCUACCUGGCGUCAUCUGCCGUAGUGUUUGCUGAGGUCCUUAAGAUUGCUGCAUGCCUGCUGCUUGUCUUCAGAGAACACAGUUUCAGUGUUCGUGGACUGAAUCGGGUGUUGAAGGAGGAAAUAAUCAACAAGCCUCUGCUAACGCUGAAGCUGGCCAUUCCCUCAGGUAUCUACACCCUGCAGAACAACCUGCUCUAUGUGGCUCUGUCAAACCUGGAUGCAGCUACCUACCAGGUUACAUAUCAGCUGAAAAUUCUCACUACAGCGCUGUUCUCCGUGUCCAUGUUGGGGAAAAGACUGGGCAUUUACCAGUGGCUCUCUCUAGUCAUUCUGAUGACUGGCAUUGCACUCGUCCAGUGGCCAGCUGAAGUCUCGUCCAGCACCGAGCAGCAGGACCUGACCGCCGGCUCUCAGCUGAUGGGUCUGCUGGCUGUACUCGUGGCCUGCUUCUCCAGCGGAUUUGCUGGCGUGUAUUUUGAAAAGAUCCUCAAAGAGAGCAAGCAGAGCGUCUGGAUCCGUAAUAUUCAGCUAGGUUUAUUUGGGCUGGUUUUUGGACUCGGGGGAGUGUUUGCGUACGACGGAGAAAGAGUGCAGGAGAAUGGACUCUUUCAAGGGUACAAUCAUGUGACGUGGACUGUGGUGGCUCUUCAGGCUUUGGGUGGGUUAGUGAUUGCAGCUGUCAUCAAAUAUGCAGAUAACAUCCUGAAGGGCUUUGCCACAUCCAUCUCAAUCAUUCUGUCCACCCUCAUCUCUUAUUUCUUGUUGGAAGAUUUUGACCCUACUAGUGUGUUUUUCCUGGGUGCGAUGCUGGUUAUCGCUGCUACGUUUCUCUACGGGUAUGAGAGCACACUUGCCGUCAACCCGAGUAAAGUAUAGAAGACUGGACAUGAGAUGAUAAACCGUCAUCAGGAGAUGCUCUACUUCAGGACAAGAGAACCGGUGAUAUUGUAAGGACGCUAUCAGAAGGUAGCACGAAAAAACAUUCAACCGUGCAAAACUUGAGUUAUAUCAUUUCAUGACGUCAACACACUAACACCAGAAAUGAAACUCCUGCUUCUGAUGUAUUAGGUGGCAGGGCUGUUUGUUACACUCAGCGGAGGAUUUUAAGGACUUUGUGUUUACAUAUAAUAUGAAUCUCUGAGACAGAGCCUCACAAAUUCAACAUGUUACAGUUUCAUAUUUAUUUUGUGUGCAAUACAUGAGAAAAGCGAUUGUUUUACUUGAAUGUAUCCUUUGAGAAACAUCAUUUUCAUCAUUUUUCAAUAAAAAGUGUUUCUAAAGCGU